GUGUUCAUUAAUUAGUGUUUAAUUAGCGUGUUCACCGGGCGCAGCGCGUUUCCGGUCUGCACGAGCUUUACUCAGAGUUUACGGUGUAGUAAAGGAGUGAUGUUUACGGAAGUCCGGAGCCCCGGUUCUGGUGAGGGUCAGCCGGUGACCCAGACAGAGCCGGUGCCGGUACCCGUAUUAAAGGUGUGCGGCCGCAGCGUCCGGCCCGUGCUCAUGGAGGUACCGGAGCGCGAGCUCAUGGGGGACGUUCUGCUGCGCGAGAGCGACGAGCCGUCACUUCCGGUGCACGUGAGCAUCGGUAAGUUCGUGCGCACGGCCGACGGGCGGUACCAGAACACGGAGGACCGGGAGGACGCGGCCAAGCGGCGGCAGAUCACCAACGCUAAAGAACGACUACGGGUGAGGAACCUGAACAGCAUGUUCUCCUAUCUGAGGAGGAUUGUGCCGGUGAUGCCGAGAGACCGUAAACCCAGUAAAGUGGACAUGCUGAGGGCAGCGACCGAGUACAUCCGCCUGCUGUCCUCCGUACUCAGAGACUCCUCAGGACAGAAUAAUAAGGAUACUGACGAGCUCCUGGAGAACCUGAGCAGCUGCCCGAACUCUGAGGACCAGUGUGAUGAUCUCUGGAGCAUGGACGAUGUCCUGGACUGUGUAUCUGCCACUCCACCCGUCACUACAGCAGCGGCAGCAGCAGCAGAGGAGGAGGAGGUGGGGGACCGGGGCAGCGCGGCGGCGGUACAGUGCGUCAUCCCCGUCUACAUCGUUCAGGUCGGCCCUGAUCACACCCUGGUUUAUCAGACGAGAUGAAGCUGAACCACUGCUGGGAUUUUUUUUUUUCAGCACUGGGUGAAUUCUAAUAUGGUACAAAAUACGUUUAAAUACUGCUGAAAAAAGAAUACUAAUAUUAAUACUAAUUAUAAUUUAAAUUAUUCUGUUUAGUAGAUAUCAGCAGGCAGAAUUAGUUAGUUUGUGAUUUAUUGUAUUUAUUUGUGAUGUAAAUGCAUUGAUUUUUGAUUUAGUUUGUUCAUAUGAGCACAACUGUACAUAAGUAAUAAAUAAAUAAACACCAGCAUUAAUGA